GCGCUGCCGCCCCGCGGCAUCCCGCAGCGCGCUCCCGGCCGGGGGGCGAUGGGCGAAUAGUCGGCGAUAGGGCCGGGGGGGGGGCGGCCGACCCCGGUACCUCCGCGCUGCUCGAGGGGGCGGGCCGGGGGCGGCUGCGGCAAAGCGGCUCCGAGCCUGCCCUCGAUUCGCUUGUGGGACCGCGGGCAGCAGGGGCGCAGCGGGCGACCUGAGCGAGCUAACCGCCGGGAGGAUUUGGGCAGCCGGAGAGGAAAGCCCUCUCCCACCGCCGCCUCCCUGCCCCGGGCAUGUUGGCAGCGCCCCGCUGAGCCGUGCGGAGUUUGGGGUAACUCGCGUCAGGCCGCCCUGGAAUAGAGACACUCUCCGGACCGGAUCGGUUGGGGUUUGUGGUCUAUGUCUUGUUGGGAAAUCUGGUGGAUUUUUUACUCGCUUGUGGAGGAAGAGCCCUGUGCUGGCGGUCGGCUUCGUGCUCUUUUUUGGAGGGCGAAGGAAGGGAAGGGAUCUCGCUUGAGCCAUACAGAGAGAGAGCUCGGACAUGUGUUGUCAGCACAUCUGGGGAAUACAGGCUGCAAGUCCGAAAGGAAAAUUGCUGGGAUCGUUCAAACUGCGAUAUUGAUCUUUGUUAUUUUUUUUCGCCGAGGGAUGCACUUGGCAUGAGAAUCGGAGGAUGGAAAUUGUUUGGGAGGUGCUUUUUCUUCUGCAAGCGAAUUUCAUCGUCUGCAUUUCAGCUCAACAAAAUUCACCAAAAAUCCAUGAGGGCUGGUGGGCUUAUAAGGAGGUGGUCCAGGGAAGCUUUGUUCCAGUUCCCUCCUUUUGGGGUUUGGUGAACUCAGCUUGGAAUCUUUGCUCUGUCGGGAAAAGACAGUCACCUGUCAAUAUUGAAACCAGCCAUAUGAUUUUUGAUCCCUUCUUAACACCACUUCGCAUAAACACAGGGGGAAGAAAGGUCAGCGGGACCAUGUAUAAUACAGGGAGACACGUAUCUCUACGAUUAGACAAAGAGCAUUUGGUCAACAUCUCUGGAGGGCCGAUGACAUACAGCCACCGCCUCGAGGAAAUCCGGUUACACUUUGGAAGCGAAGACAGCCAGGGAUCAGAGCACCUACUCAAUGGACAGGCUUUCUCUGGGGAGGUUCAGCUAAUCCACUACAACCAUGAGCUGUACACAAAUGUCACAGAAGCUGCAAAGAGUCCUAAUGGGUUGGUGGUAGUUUCCAUAUUUAUGAAAGUAUCUGAAUCAUCAAAUCCAUUUCUAAAUCGUAUGCUUAACAGAGACACUAUAACAAGAAUAACGUAUAAAAAUGAUGCAUACUUACUACAGGGGCUUAAUAUUGAGGAACUUUAUCCAGAGACCUCUAGUUUCAUUACAUACGACGGGUCAAUGACAAUUCCACCCUGCUAUGAAACAGCAAGUUGGAUAAUAAUGAACAAACCUGUCUACAUAACAAGGAUGCAGAUGCAUUCUUUACGACUGCUAAGCCAGAAUCAGCCAUCACAGAUAUUUCUGAGCAUGAGCGACAAUUUCAGACCAGUCCAGCCUCUCAACAAUCGAUGUAUCCGAACCAAUAUCAACUUUAGUUUACAGGGAAAAGAUUGCCCAAACAAUAGAGCACAGAAACUACAGUAUAGAGUAAAUGAAUGGCUCCUCAAGUAAGACAGAGCAGGCAGAACCCAUAACCUCAGUGGAAUGCUACUACUGUGAAUUGACAUAAUCUAGAAUGCACCCAACCUCACUCUCUUUGGGUUCGCGGCAGCAUGUGGAAGCAUGCUGUAGGAAAAAAGCUGCCAUGUUGGAAACUCAACUAAAAAUUCAUUCAUAUGAUUGGUGGUAAUUUUAAAAAAAGUAAAAAGACAAUAUUACAGUAAAUGUGAUUACAAUUUUGAUACAGUUUUCCUGAACUAAUUUAGCUUCACAAAAAAAAAAGACUUUUCAGCCUUUGUAUAUAUGAAAUUCUUCCUCCUUUCCCCUCUCCCU